UAUUGGUUUGAUCGAUGCAUGAUUGUGACUUGUCCACAUGUACUUUGACAGGCGAGUAUCUGUUAUGAGAGGUCAGGUGUUGUCUCCGCAAGGACUCGGCAUCGUGGGUAUCCGAGUGUCUGUUGACCGUGACUCUCGGUUCGGCUUCACCCUUACAAGAGCAGGAGGCUGGUUUGACGUUUUGGUGAACGGAGGUGGGGCCGUGACACUGCAGUUCCAAAGGAGUCCAUUCCAGCCUCUGACUCGCACUCUGUUUGUGCCUUGGAACCAGAUCGUGGUGUUACCACCCAUCACGAUGCAGCUGGGAGACGAUGCAGACAACUUCAGGGGUUCUGGCGCACAUCCUGCUCUUGCUCUUGGAGCCCCAAGUCUGAUGACAGCCCUCCACACAGCCAGACCUUGCAUGGACCACGACAACACAGUCCUAGUACCGGUAGUGCUCUCUACGUGGAUGCCAGAGAAAGUGGGAGGACUCGCAGGAAAAAGUCUUGUGCUUGCGGAAACUCAGAUGUUGCAAGAGAGUAUCAGGAUCCCAGGAUCUGGGCUGCACCUGAUGUACCGCAGCAGUUUGGCAUCAGGAUAUCUGUCUCGAGUCGUGAUGCGCUUGACUCAUUCAGCCAUACCUCCGUCCUUGGUCCGUGUACACGUCCGGGUCGAGAUAGAAGGCUCAGUGCACACCAAGACGUAUGAGGCCGAUCCUAACCUUACCCACACGUUUGCCUGGAAUAAGAGGAACGUCUACAAGCAAAAGGUUUACGGAGUAGCACAAGCAAAGAUAUCAGUCGGCUACGAACACGCAACGUGUCCAAACAUUGUGUGGGAAACACAGACUGCGAUGUUGCAAGGAUUUGAUGUUGAUAUAUCUGAUGUUGGUGGUUGGAGCUUGGACAUCCAUCAUCAUUACAACUUCCACGAAGGAAUUCUGCAGAAAGGUGAUGGAUCAACUUUGCAUCUGAAACAGUUCCCGCGCACAGUUCGCGUGGUGAUGGGUACAGGUCUGCAGCGCCCCCUGGUUUGCAAGGACUGUGAUGGCCCAGCUAAGGAUGCCCGACUGCUGACUCCUGUAGCUCUCACAUCCGGACCUGAUGGCUCCCUCUACGUCGGAGACUUCAAUCUGGUACGCCGCCUCACGCCUCAAGGCAGUGUCUACACAGUGCUGCAGCUCAGUGCCACACAAGUGUCAUACCAGUAUUAUCUAAGCCUGUCUCCUGCCGAUGGCCGACUCUACAUCUCGGACCCUGAGCGUCACCAGAUCCUGCGGGUGUUGAACCUGGACUCUGUGUCAGACCCAACCAUCAACUGGGAGCCGGCUGUAGGCUCCGGUGAACGCUGUAUCCCUGGUGAUGAAACCAGCUGCGGUGACGAAGGUCCAGCCAUCUCUGCCAAGCUGGCACACCCUAAAGGUUUGGCAAUGGCAGCUGAUAAGACAAUGUACUUUGCCGAUGGAACCAACAUCCGAUCAGUGGACCCAGACGGUAUCAUACAUACAUUGAUAGGUCACCAUCGCCACCUCAAUGUAUGGCAACCUAUACCUUGCCAAGGUGCCAUACCAGCUCAACAGGCUCAGCUGCAGUGGCCCACAGGCUUGUCUCUGAGCCCCCUUGAUGGCAGUCUCCACUUCAUAGAUGACCGGCUCGUGCUGAAACUGACAGCUGACAUGAAGGUCAAGGUCGUGGCUGGCACCCCUCUCCACUGCCACACCCACAAGGAGGACAAGAAGCAACCGGCUGUGAGGCUGGAAAACCACCACAAGAAUCAGAAUUCGGAUGAUGACAGUUCUACCACUCUGGGACAAGUGCUGGCCUUGGCAUUUAGUCCAAGCGGACAGUUGUUCAUUGCAGACAGUGAUUCCCGGAAAGUGAAUGCGAUUCGUGUGGUGGACCCUGCUGGUAGAAUGGCAGACUUUGCCGGAAGAGGUCAUUUCUUCGACAAACGGGACUGUGAUUGCAUGGCUAAUAACAGUUCAGGCACUAUUCCGUGCCAGUGCUGGACCGAGUCCAGUGUCAACUCUCGGGAGACUCUCAUGUCAACUACAGCUCGCUUCACCUCCAUCUCCGCCAUUGCUGUGUCUCCAGAUGGUGUGGUCAACAUUGCUGACCAGGGAAAUCUCCAUAUCUUGGCUCUGGAACACUACUUGGCCACUCAUGAUGAGAACGGAGAGUUUCGUAUUCCCUACACACCAACCGGUGAGGAGUACAUAUUUAACCGGUACGGACAGCACAUCGCCACCCGAGACAUCACCACCGGCAAGUCACGCUACACCUUCCUCUACAGCAAGAACACCAGCUUCGGCAAACUGUCCACAGUCACUGACAGUGCGGGCAACAAGAUCCUGUUCCUGCGCGACUACAGUAAUGUUGUGAGUGCGAUAGAGAACACGCAGGACCACAAGUGCGAGCUGAACAUCUCUGGAGUGGGGUUCCUGACCAAGUUCUCGGAGAAGGGGCGCUCAGAAGUGGUGCUGGAUUACGACUCCAACACUGGACUGCUGACCAGUCGUGCUGACUUGAUGGCUGGGGGUGGAUCAACAUUCUUGUACCAAUACGACAGCCUUGGCCGAGUUUCCCAUGUAGUGUUACCAACUGGUGAGAGUAUAAACCUGGCUUCUCGGCUGACAGCUGAUGAUGAGCUGGAGGUCCAGAUCUCAUCCCCGGUCCAAGCCUCUGUCAACAUGGACUCUUCAGUCCAUGUCACCACCAUUAAGAUGGAGGGCCACAGUCAUAAGAGGAUGACCAUUAGAGAUGGUCUUUCGGGUCUGUCGGAGGCUGUCAGUUACCGCAAUGGAACGUUCCUGCUGCGGCAACACUCGGGCAGCUGGACGCUGGUGGCUGCCGAGGCCACCCAUCCGUUGCUGGAGUUGUCACUACCUGUGGAGGCAGAGAUGUUCCCACUGUGGAGCCGCCAGACCACAGCUCGUGGUUCCAUCGUCAACAACAUGGCCUGGAGCUACGCGCUGGUGGGCGACGCAGGCACGAGCCAACAGACAAUACAUCGCCAGCUCUGGGUGAAUAAUUCCAAAGUGCUGGGGGUGAUGUACGAGCAGAUGGCUGGCAGAGAGACAAUACUCGACUGCGAGAAGGAAUCUCUACUGAAAGUCAGUUUUGACGCUGCCGGACUGCCACUGUCUUGGCAGCCAGGCGGUUCUCCUUUGCCUGUCAACAUCACCUACGACAGGUUUAACAGACUGGAGAGCUGGACCUGGGGAGUACAGUCUGAACAUUACAGUUACGACAGACAUGGGCUUCUGGAAGAGAUCAAGACUAAACAAGAUGGCAGCGUGAUUUUCUCUUACAAUGACGGCAAUAUGCUUAGUCACAUAACGCUUGCAAGUGGACGUAAGUUCACGCUGCUUUACGAUGACCUUGGUGGUCUCCGACAUGUAACGCUGCCAUCAGGAACCAGACACUCUUUCUCCGCUCAGCCCUCCAUUGGAUUCCUGCGCUACACUUACACUCCGCCAGGCUCUACCCGUGCAUACUUGCAGCACUACACGCACAGCGGCCGGCUGCUGCAGACAGUCUACCCAGGCGACGGUGCGAGGGUGCUCUACCGUUAUCACAACUCGGAGCAGCUCGCUGAGGUUGUUCAUGGUGACGGAGUAACACAGAUAAAACACGUGCCCAACACCAAACUGCCGAGCCAGAUCCUGCACUCAGAGAAGGAUUUCGAGUACCGGUGGGACUACCAGUACAGUGGCGGACUGCUGAUGGAGGAGCGACUGGACUACAGUCCCAAGACCGGACUCAGCAAUGCCAAGUUCACGUACCAGUACGACGACAACUUCCGCGUGGUAUCAGUGCAGGGCAGGAUAGGUGGGCAGAGUCUGUUGGACCACGUGCUGAAGUACAGCCCCAGAACCGGGGCAAAGCAGCAGCUCGGCCAGUUCACUGUUUCUUGGCCGCAACCAAAUGAAACUUCCCUGUUUGAUGGAACAGCAGUCUUUAACAGAAUAACAAACGCAUACUUCCAAAUUGCUGAGAUCUCGGUUACAAUUCAUCGAAUGGAAGUCUUCAGGAUGGAGUUUGCGUACGAUUCCAGAAAUCGCAUCAGCCAGACAAGGACUUACACUCGGAACGUGGGCGUGAACAUGUACACCAAUAUCAAGAACCUGACAUGGGAUGCUGAUGGACAGCUGGCAGCAGUUGAGGCCCAAGAACCUUGGGGCUUCAAGUACGACGACAACGGGAACAUGCUCUCACUCACGUACAGGGGCAACACAAUCCCGAUGGAAUACAACGUAAUGGAUCGUAUCGUCAAGUUCGGUGAGGGCCUGUACAGGUACGACAACAGAGGGCUGGUGGUACAGAACGCGAGAGAAGAGAAGUUCCACUACAACGCCAAAGGGUUAUUGACCAGAGCAACAAAAAGGGGACGUUUUGACGUGCGUUAUUACUACGAUCAUCUGGAUAGACUGGCUACAAGAAAAGAUAACUAUGGAAAUGUUACUCAGUUCUUUUACACGAAUCAUCAGCGACCUAAUGAGGUGUCACAGAUAUACAGCCCAAGAGACAGUAAGCUGAUGACACUGGUUUAUGACGACAGAGGUCACUUGAUAUUCGCUCAGGUUUACCGACACAAGUAUUACAUAGCCACGGAUCAGUGUGGCACUCCCAUCAUGGUGUUCAACCAGUACGGUGAGGGUAUCCGAGAAAUAAUGAGAUCACCAUACGGCCAUAUUGUCUACGAUUCCAACCCCUACCUUUACCUUCCAGUCGACUUCUGCGGAGGCUUGCUGGACCAGGUUACGUCGCUCGUACACAUGUCUGGAGGAAAGGUCUACGAUCCUCUGAUCGGACAGUGGAUGUCGCCCAUGUGGAAUGAUAUCCUGAACAGAGUCACCAACCCACGGUUGUUACAUUUGUAUCGCUUCAACGGUAAUGAUCCGAUCAAUGUUGGGAACGCUCCAAAACAUCUUGCAGAUGAGGAGCAUUGGUUGUCUCGGCUGGGCUAUGAUCUGUCGAGCAUGGCGCCCCAGCUCUCCCAGAAACUAGUUUCCCCCAUGACAAACAAGUUCCGAGUGGAGUCCGGCUUCUUCUCUCAGCUGUCGCAGAAGACGAUGUCUCGUGGUCUUUCCUCUCUCAGCCUGCCAGAAGCCAGAAUGAGGCUAGACCCUCUGAAUCCCUCUGUCUUCGGAACAACUGUUGAAGAGGAUUCUAUUAAUGGGUUGUCUCUGGAGCACACCCAGAACUGGGUGUUGCAGCCCGGAUCCUCCUCCGAGCCUCCAUUCGGUCGAGGGAUUCUGGUCUCCCGACAAGCAGGCAACCGUGCUGUCAUCUAUAGUGUUCCUACAGCCAACUCUAUCUACCGGGACGUUAUCACCUCGGUGUUCAACAACACGUUCCUGUUGCCAUUCACUCUGGUAGCACACGGUGUCCUGCAGGAUGCGUUCCAUUUCGUAAAAGAGGACGCAUGGCGAGCGCAGGAAGACAGGGCACAACUCAAACGAUUCGGUUCGCAGUUCAACACGACAUUCCACGAGAAGGAAGGCGAGGCUGGCUCCGGAAAGGUGCUGGACGUGAGAAUACACCGUCCCAAUGCUGUGAUCAACCUGCGUUAUGGUACGACGCUAACACGCGAGCGCCAGAGGCUGCUGCACCACUGUAAGACAGCUGCGCUGCGCAAGGCAUGGCACCGUGAGCGUGACGCGCUCAGAAACAAUGUCCCGGCUGCUUGGGACUGGACCCAGCAGGAGGCCGACGAGAUCCUGAAACUGGGGGCAGCCAGCGGAUACGAGGGAGAGUAUAUCCGAGACGUCGAGAGGUAUCCGGAGCUGGCCGAGGAUCCGUACAACAUCAAAUUUGUAAAGAAAGCACAAAACCGGCGAUAGUACACAGGGUAGAGUCUAACACGGCAUUAGACAAUAGUGGAAGCAAAAUAUAAUUUGAAGGUGCUAAAUACUCCUGUCUGAUACUCUAGAUUAUUUACGUUCUUACACGAAACAUCCUAGAUGUAUUGUCACUUCAGAAAAACCUAACAGUAUUUUUGUUUUUUUUAACUUUAAUUUGGUAUUGAUAUUUUUAGAUCCUAGCUUCCACUUUUGGAGAUGAUUCUAAUCUGAGACGUGACAGAAUGUCCAAUGAUGAGUUUAGCACUGGUUUUCAUUCAUUUCAUCGGUUAUUUUACCCGGGAUUAAGUCAGCAUAAUACCUAACGGAGCGUGAAAAUUCGUAAAUAAUAUUUGUAAAUAGCGAUUAAUUAUUUUAUAUGAGUGCUAGUCCAAUCCACACCAUAAUGUUGUUCUUUGUUACCUACGUGUACAUAUGAAAAAGAUAUCUUUUGAUCGUCUAGCCUUAUCUAUAUCUAGAAGACACGAAUGAUACUUAUUGGUCAAAGUAUUUUUCUGAAACAAAUAAUUUUGUAAGAGUUGUUUCAGCUGUGGAGGAUCCCUCUGAAUGGUGCUGAAUUGUUUUGAUUUCACUGUUGUCUAAAGGCCUGUUUAGAGUUAAGCUAGAUCGGUAAGUCUGUAUAUUGGAAACUAUGUUAGUUGAGACGAUACUUUGUAUAUCAGCCUUUCGUACUUGGACUACUUACAUCGGUAUAACGCAACAACUGGAAUCAUUUUAAGAUUGAAAUAUUUGUAUCAUUUAAGAAGUAAAAGGGAGCGUUGACACUAUGUGCUUGAAACUGAAAUUUAUUUUCAUGACACGUCUCGUAAGUGUAUAUAUUGCCAAAAUCGAGUGCUAUGGAGUUAUUCUUGAAAUCGAAGUAUAUUUUUAUCGUCAUUGCCUAGAAAACAUUAGUAUGUCUUAGGGUAUACAAUUUAUUUUACGUCGCUAAGCACAUGUCCAUCUGUGGGCAUAAUGUAUUAUAUAUGGUGCAUGAUAUGUUUUGUGUUAUAAUUUUAUAUAAAUGCUUGACCAAUAUUUUUAUCCGUUGUUGGUGUUAGUAGAGCAUGUACAAUCCGUCGUCGUGAGCAACUCUCAUUCCAGUUGUUGCAAAGUAUAUGUUUUCUACUAAAUUUACUCAAUUCAUGAUAUAAAAUUAUACUCAAGUGAUUACUUGUCGAAACUUUGUGAGCGUGUGAAUGGGAGAAAAAUUUAAUGUUUUAUACAGAGUGAUGAUUUUUUAGAGCUUAUGUAUAUAAAAGUAUUAAUAUUAAAAGAGAAUUAAUUGUAAAAAUAGAAUAUUUUGUCAGGCCUAUGUUGAAUGAGUGUGAGCAUCCUUAUGAGUGAGUGAGACAGAAACUGGGUUAUUUGAGUAAUGUUUCUGUUUAUAUGUAACAAGACUUAGAAUAUAUAUAUAUACAUGUUAUAUGUUAACCUUGACCCCUAAAAUGGUUUAGAAUGUUGACAGCUUUAUAAAAGUUUUGAUCCUUUGACUUACGAUUUAAAACAUCUUUAUUUAUAAUUUUAAGACCCCUUAGUUCCUAUUGAAAAUAAAAUUGCUUUGUAACUUAAAAUUGUUUAGUACCGAUACUCAAAAUAAAAUAAUUUUAAAUCUUCUUCAAUACCUACUGGUUUUUUUAUAUAUUGUAAUUUUGGUAUCCGAUUAUUGUUAUUGUAUUAUAUUUGUAUAUGUAUUCUAUUGUAAAUGUUUUAGGCUAUAACCAAUAACUGGGUACUAUUUUUGUUUUACUUGAAAAAUAUUCGUGUUUUAAUCUUUACCAAACUUCCGUUAUUUUAUCCGUUUAAAAUUUGUUUUCAUUUGAAUAAAGACUGAUACUUUAAGGUUAUUAAGGUUUGCAUUUGUUUUUCUGAACACUCCAAUAUUAAACUAACAUUAUUUAAAUACAUUUCACUAAGUAAAAAUCAAAGUUUUACUCUAUAAAACUAGAUGGAUCUACUAAACACUAAUGAUUUUUAUUUCAUAAAAAUUCUUGAUAACCUUCAAUUGCAACAUCUAUAUCUGUAAUUUUAUCUAAAAAUAAUGUUCACGUAAUCAGACUUUUCACAGGCGUUAACUAAAUGACAGGUUACAUGUGGAUGAUCCAGUCAAUUAUUGUGUAUUUUGUACAUAGUGCUCAUAAUUAAAAAAAAAAACAAACUAAAUUUAUUUGGUGUGAUAAGCCUAGAAGUUUUAUGAAUUCAAACAGCAACAGUGUGAAAACACGAUGGAGGUAGCAAGAGGGAUCGUACUUAGGAGGGAACGUUAGUUAUCUGCCAGCCGCGUGUCUAAGGUUCGGCUUUUAACACAGGGCAAAAGUUCAAAACUGGGUAAUAAAUAGGAGCUCAUCUCAAAUCCAUAAAUUUUUCACUUCAGAAACUCAGAUUUUAGUGUCUCAGUGCUAAUGAAUUGUUAAAAUUCCAAUUAUAUAUUGAUGCUAAUGGUAGUCUAUACAGUAUCGGAUAUAAAAACCACAAGUUUUUAUUUUGAAAAACCAUACAAGGAAACAAAACGUAAUGGCUGGAGAAAGUUAGAGAUACCCAAGGACAGAGGCCGAUCAUGUUUUAUACACGAUGGCUUGCAAAUAGCUUCUGGUUCUGGACUGGAAGUCUUUAGCCAGGCAUAAUACACACUGAGGCUCCAGGAAAAUAUAAUAAAGCAAAAAUUCAUAUUCUCUCAGACGACCAGCAGCACUUAAGUGACUACGAGUUUGAUUCAAGGCUGGUGUUUAGUUGUCACCAAAUGCUAAAGGAACUGGAAAAAACAUGACCAGGUAGAGCUGGUGUGGAUACCAGACCAUGAAGGCAUCAGAGGAAAUGAGGAGUCAGACUCACUGGCAAGAAAGGGGGCAGGAUCCAUACUGGAGAGGUCCAGAACCUCGCGUUAGUUUCUUUAGUUAUAGAAAAGGGUUCAUAAAGGUAUGGGGAAGAGAAGUUAAACUUUUAAAGUGGCAUAACUCUCAAUGAUUAAGAAUGUCAAAGCUAUUCACAGAUCCGCUACGGGGAGGUAACGAAAUGGUUUUAUCUUUACCAAAAGACUUCUGAUGGGAAUUUAACAGGCCAUGGACCUUUCCAAAAACACCUUAGGAGACUAGGACUGAGUGACUCAGUAGUCUGUAGAUUCUGCAAUGAGGAUGAGGAGUCAGCAGACUAUCUCUGCCUGGACUGUCUAGCCAUCUCAAAAUGUCGAUAGGUGGGUAGGAAAAGCUUUUCCUGAGCCCUGUGAUAUGAGAGAGGUAGAAUAGAAUAGAAACACUUCUUUAUUGAGGCAAAAUUAGGACCUCACACAUGGUCCUUUCUUACAUUUAACCUCUUAAACAAAAAUAAUUUUAAUGAUGAAAAAAAGGCUUAUCUAACUAAACUUUACUAACAUAAUAUUCCAUCAAAGAGUAGCCCCGCCGCCUGCUUUGAUCAUCCUCCAGUCCAGGUAUCUUUGUCUCAGCUCCGCCACAAACCGUU